ACACUCGUCUCCCCAGUCCCCGCACGCUGGCCGCGGCUCCAACCACAGCGGGAGCGAGCACACGCGCGCGCUCCAAUAUCCAUGGACGCCUGCUGCCUCGUCCGCCGGCAUCUUCACCCACCGCUGCAGCUUCCGCCCCUCCAGCGUCUGACUCUCGGCCGCCGCUGCCGCCACCGCAGCGUCACCAUCGCCGUCGCCUUCUGCUCGACCGCGCCGGACCACCACCGUGAGCGGCCGUGGGAGUCCUACGACCGCGACAUCCAGCCCCACGCGGGCUCCGAUCUGGCCCGCUCGCUCCAGCUCCUCGCGGACAUGCAGGCCGCCGGGAUGCGCCCCAGCGCCGCCGCCUACGCGCGCCUCAUCCGCGCGCUGGCCCGCGCCGGGCGCGCGCUCGAGGCCGAGGCGCUCCUCCUCGAGAUGCGCCACCUCGGGCUCCGCCCGGACGCCGCGCACUACAACGCGCUCCUCGAGGGCCUCCUCGCGAGGGCCCACCUCCGCCUCGCCGACCGCCUCCUCCUCCAGAUGGCCGACGACGGGGUCGCGCGGAACCGGCGCACCUACAUGCUCCUGCUGGAUGCCUACGCCCGCGCCGGCCGCCUCGAGGACUCGUGGUGGGUCCUCGGCGAGAUGAAGCGCUGGGGGAUCCGGCUCGACACCGCCGGGUACAGCACGCUGGUGCGGCUUUACAGGGACAGUGGCAUGUGGAAGAAGGCCACCGACCUCAUCAUGGAGAUGCAGGAGGUCGGGGUGGAGCUCGACGUUAAGAUCUACAACGGCUUGAUCGAUACGUUCGGCAAGUACGGGCAGCUCGCCGAUGCGCGCAAGAUGUUUGAGAAAAUGCGUGGGCAGGGGAUCAAGCCAGAUAUUGAAACGUGGAACGCUUUGAUUCGAUGGCACUGUCGGGUUGGGAACAUGAAGCGUGCCCUGCGAUUCCUUGCUGCUAUGCAGGAGGAAGGUAUGUACCCAGACCCAAAGAUCUUCAUUACGAUCAUCAACAGGUUGGGGGAGCAAGGGAAGUGGGAUGAGCUCAAAGAGCUGUUUGAUAAAAUGAGGAAUCGAGGGUUCAAGGAGAGUGGUGCAAUAUAUGCAGUUUUGGUCGACAUUUACGGUCAGUAUGGACAUUUUCGCGAUGCCCAGGAAUGUGUAGCUGCUCUUAAGGCUGAAAACCUGCAGCUUUCUCCUAGCAUCUUCUGUGUCCUGGCGAACGCAUAUGCUCAACAGGGUUUGUGUGAACAAACUGUAAGUGUUCUUCAAUUGAUGGAGGCAGAAGGAAUUGAACCAAAUCUUGUUAUGUUGAAUUUGUUAAUCAAUGCUUUUAGUACGGCCGGAAGGCACUUGGAGGCUCAAGCUGUAUUCCAGCAUAUCAAGGACAGUGGUAUGAGCCCAGAUGUUGUGACUUACACUACUCUAAUGAAGGCUUUCAUGAGAGUAAAAAGAUAUGAGAAGGUUUCAGAAGUAUAUAGUGAAAUGGAGCGUGCUGGUUGUACCCCGGAUAGAAAAGCUAGGGAAAUGUUGCAUGACGCAUCUGUUACAAUGGAACAAAUGGGAUGUUAUUGAAAUUGGAACUCCAGCAGCUCUGAAGUGGCUCCUCUGUUAAUGUCUAUAACUACAAAAGCCCCUACUUUGCUAGCACAUGCUUGAGGAUCUCUUGUAAAAGUAAAAUAACAUGAGACAACAGUUACUUGGCACACAGAAAGUUCUAGUCCACGUGCUGUGUUUGGUGGAGACCGAAAGAAUCUCCUCUGGCAUUUUCUCCACUGGAGAUCAUCUGUUGUGGAAUAAGAAUGGGGCCAGCAAGCACAAGAUUCAGAACGACUGUGAUUGCUCCUCAGUUUUAGGUAGAUUGGAGUUCUGAGGUCGGGCAUAAGUUCAUAUCAUUCGGCGCCUGCAUAUUUUUGGCUCGGCGAUGCAGUUCAGAUUUCAUAGUCAAGGAAACAGUUAAAGGAGACUUCCGGGGAUCUGGACAAGGAAAAAGAUGGUCAAGUGUAUCAUAAGUUUGGAAUUCCAUUCAUUGCCCUCUUCCUGAACCACACUGCAUCGUGGUGGUUUUCAGAAUAUUAGGUGUACUGAGCAUUGACUUGUAUGCAUAUCAGGAUAGCUUAUGAAAACAAUCAUCUUCUGAAGUAGACAACUUAGAUGAUUCUCUCUAACCAUUUUCAUACAGCUACUUUUUUUUGUCUUCACUUUACAUUCCCUCUGCUUCGGCCCGACUGUAAACUCAACAUAGGAUCAAAUAAUUAGGUUAAGUGUCACUGUCCCUGCGUUUGUCUGUGUGCCGCAAUCUCUAGAAUUCUCCCCAGUAUUAUUCUUACGCCCAACUUGUACUUCUACUCCUGAAUUGGCAGAUUAUAUAUUUGUCGAGCUCUGUACGUACCUUGGUGCAUGUAAUGGUGGCUAUGGUUUGUAAUUUUAGACAUAACUCUUAGUGAAAAACAAGAACAGAGGAUCCAACAUUUCCAUA